AUGUCGGUCAAUCAGCGUUGGCGGCUCGCCAAGCAGAGCAACGCGUGCUUCCGGUGCUUGGGCAGUGGCCAUGCUGGCAAGGACUGCCCCCGUGAUCGUGAGUGCCCAGUUAGUGGAUGCAUCAAACAUCACCACCCGCUGCUCCAUGGCAGCAAUGUUACUGGCGGCGCACAGCCAACUCCGGAAGCUGAGAAGCCCGCACCCCAGACAUCACUGGUCACGACUGUCACAGAGGGGGAGCCAGAAGCAGCGACACAUGUGGCACAAGGGCGCCGGACGGACCGUGUAGCUCUACGGACAAUCCCGGUGACACUGUGCAACGGUCAGCAGUCAGUGACUGUCAACGCUUUGCUGGACGAUGCCAGCACUGUGACGUAUGUGCACACUAGUAUCGCCACUCGACUCGGUUUGAGUGGCAAACGCCAACGGACGACGGUCAGCACGCUCAAUGGCAAACUGGAGACGUUCGAGACUAUGCCAGUAGACAUCGAGCUGAGGAGUGUUGAUGGCAACUUGAAGCAGACGAUCACGGCGUACACCACCGACAAAUCCGUGACUGGCGACCUUCGCGCAGUCGACUGGCUAGAAGAGGCUAGUAACUACCCGCACCUGAGGGAGAUUCCGUUCCCAGCGGUGGGAGAACACGACACUGUAGAUAUGCUGAUCGGCAGUGACCAAGUCCAGCUGCACGUAUCGACGCGUGACGUCAUUGGUGAACCUGGGCAACCUGUCGCUAGGUUAACACCGCUCGGAUGGACCUGCGUAGGGAAGCUCAGAGCACCCAACUCCAAGCAGACGCAGGGCCCACAGCCCAACCGUUCGUACUACGUCGGUGGAGACAAGUCAAUUGCAGGAAUCGAGCAAGCCCUGCAACAGUUCUGGAAGGUCGACAGCUGUGGCGUCGAGACGGACAAUGCGGCUCCAGGACCAACAUCGGCAGACGAGGCCGCAGCGGUGAAAUUAGUGGAAGACUCCACGCGGCUAGUAGACGGCCGGUAUGAAGUAUCGAUACCAUGGAACAGUCGUAAGGCGGAGUUAGUCAACAACGUUGAUAUGGCGACUAAGCGGCUGGAGUCAACACGUCGACGACUGCAACGUGAACCGCAAGUAGCCCGAGCAUACGCCAGAGUGAUCCAAGAUUACCUCGAGAAAGGAUAUAUCACCGACGUCACUGACGAAGCGCCUACCGACCAAUGCUGGUAUCUGCCACACUUCGCCAUUGUGCGGCCACAGAAGACGACAACUAAGGUCCGGAUUGUGUUUGACGCAGCCGCCUCCUACCACGGCAUCUCACUUAACGACGCCAUCCACGCCGGCCCGAAGUUGCAGCGAGACCUUUGCGAUGUUCUCACCCGGUUCCGAAGAAAGCCCAUCGCCGUUGCCUGCGACGUAGCAGAGAUGUAUCUGCAAGUUUCAAUACGCCCCGAGGACAGGCCGUACCACCGCUUUUUGUGGCAGGACCCGGCCUCCGAUGGUCCGGUCAAGAAGUACCAGUUCAACCGCUUAGUCUUCGGUGUAAACGCGUCGCCAUUCUUGGCUCAGUAUGUCGCCCGCCAAGUCGCGGACGCAAGCGUCGAUACCCACCGAUCAGCAGCAGAGGCCAUCCUGGACAGUACGUACAUGGACGAUACGAUGGACAGUACUGCCACGGUCGCCGACGGUACCAAGCUCCAUGACGACCUAAUGGAGCUGUGGGGGAAGGCAAGCAUGCGACCGAGAAAGUGGUUAUCCAACUCGACUGCGUUGCUGAGUACGAUCCCAGAAGAAGAACGCGCAGCGGAUGUCGACCUGACGGUGGGAGACCUACCAUCGGUAAAAACGCUCGGAGUGACAUGGUCUGCCCUCGAUGACGAGUUCACGUUCCGCGUGCAGCAACCGGAUCUGCCCAAGCGUAUCACAAAGCGCUACCUCUUGCAGCGGACAGCAGCCGUAUUCGACCCACUCGGCUUCAUAUCGCCGUUCGUCGUUCGAGGCAAGAUGCUGAUGCAGGAAUGCUGGAUGAGUGGCGUCGACUGGGACGAGCAACUUCCCGACGCGAUAGUUGAUAAAGCCCAGCAAUGGUUCCAAGAGUUGAGCGAGCUCAGCAACGUCCGAGUCCCGCGUCAAUUUGAAGCAUCGACCGGCAAGCUCGAGCUGCAUGCAUUCUGCGAUGCGUCCAGCGAAGCCUAUGGAGUUGUUCUGUAUGCGAGAAGUGUGCGCGAAGAUGGAACAGCGGAGUGCAGAUUCCUCGUGUCGAAGAGUCGUGUCGCGCCCACCGCCGCUACCAGCAUUCCCCGGCUCGAGCUCAUGGCGGCAGUUCUCGGCCAUCAGGUUGCCACUCGAAUGAGUAAAGUGCUCGACGUGCCACUUAGUACUGUCACCUUCUGGAGCGAUAGCACUGUGUUGCCACACCUGCCGACAUGUCGGUAG